GUAUGUAAUUCUCGGGCGAAUUCUUGCAGGAAAACCAAAACCAUCGCUGGUAUGGAUGAGGAGAGGGGUUAUCAUUGACGACACAUCAGUGGUAGUGUCGGAGGGAUCGGAGAGUUUUGUCCGCAACGAACUGGUUCUGCCCCGUCUGGCCAGAGAGCACCUACUCAUGGAACUGGUCUGUCAGGCGAGUCAGUCCAACACCGACUACUCGGCCAAUCACACCGCCUAUAAAGCCGUCGUUAAACUAGAGCUCAAUUUAAAACCACUGGAAGUGUUAAUAAUGAGUGCCAACAAACCGCUGUCGGCGGGCAUCAGGGCUGAGGUGAAGUGUCGGGCGAGUGGUUCGCGACCUCAGCCACAGAUAUCGUGGUAUAAGGGGUCGAAGAAAAUGCCGGAAGUGAGGGACUCGGCGUCAAAUGAUGGCAACGCAACCAUAAGUACGCUUUCAUUCAUACCCGCCAUCGAAGACAAUGGCAAACAUCUGUCGUGCAGAGCAGAUAACGAACAAAUGGCCGAUGAUGAAAUCGAGUCCGGCAGGAUAUUAACCAUUUAUUGUCUGUACACAACACCAAACACUUUGGCCACCAAUAGCUGUAUAUUUUAA